AGUGAAUAAUUGAUUAGCACAAUCACACUCCAUAUAAUAACAAUUUAUAACCUAUAAAUCUUAAAUCAUGUUUCCUCCUCUUUUUUAGCUUGAAUAUGCAAGCUCACAAACUUAUCUUUCUCCCUCACAAGCUAUUAGAGCCCAUCAAAGCCUUCCAUCAGUACCACGAUUUCCUUCUCCAACAAUCUCGAGCCCCAGAGGUGAGCCCAAUCUUUAAAAGUUAGUGACUAGUCAUGCUCAAGCAUUCCACAUGAGCUUGACUUAAGCUAGAGAGUUGGUAAACCUCAAUCUCCAGUUCAAGACAGGCGUUGAGAAACCAAGUUCCGCUAACUCAAGUUGGCUCAACUCAUCUACACCCCUAGUGAGCUAGCCUUGUGGACCCUGAGAUUAUUUGAGGCCUUAAACAAGCUUACCAGAGUCCAGUUGUCAAAAUAAUUGGUGUAGGGCCUGAAUUGCAUGUAGGUAAGCUUGUGAAAGUGCCAAAAAGAGAAAACAUUAAUAAUAGGGCCUCAUUUAUUUGUACCAUCGAGAAAGGGAGAAAUAUGGGCCAAUCUUACGGUAUCAGUGUGUCGCUGAGAAAUAAUGGAUGGCUUGGUUGGUUAAGCGUCGCUCUUCGUCUUCUUCCUCUUUACUAAAGCUGCUUCUUCUUUCUUGUCCAUAACCCGUGCUCCUCUUGGCUUUCCUCCUUCAUUGCCCCCCAUCUCUCUCUCUCUCUCUCUACACGAAAAGAUUGCACUUAUUAACCAAAAACUCCAACUUUAUCUUCUUAUUCUAAAUAACAGGCAAGCACGUAGUGUAGUUAUAAGCUGCCUGUUUCUUGUGAUUUUAAGCAUUGCCUAUUUUUUAAGCUCAGCUCUCUCUCUCUCCUCCCGAAGUAAAGGAGCCAGCUUUCUCUACCAAACUCUUCCUUCGAUCUCCACUUAUUCAUUCUACUAAAGAAGCGCUUCAAUGAAUUCUUUCCCCUUACUGCGACCUCUGCUCUAGUACUCGAUCAAAAUUGCAUCUUUUUCAACUCAUCAUGUCGGAUCAGGGGAGCCCCUCCGAGCAGGACAGUUCCCCUUCAUCCUCCUGGCCGUCGUCUUCCUCCUCCUCCUCCAACCCAACACCAACUCCAACUCCAAAACACUCCGCUGAUCCCAAUCAAUCCGGCACCGAAAAGAAAUCGCGCGACAGAAUCAAACAUACCCUGUACCGCGGAGUAAGGAUGCGGAGUUGGGGCAAAUGGGUGUCUGAAAUCCGACAACCAAGAAAAAAAUCAAGGAUUUGGCUCGGAACCUUCCCCACUCCCGAAAUGGCUGCGCGCGCGCACGACGUUGCAGCUUUGAGCAUCAAAGGAAGCGCAGCCAUUCUCAACUUUCCCGAGCUGGCCGCCUCGCUGCCUCGGCCGGCAACCCUGUCGCCGCACGACGUACAGGCUGCUGCAGCUAAGGCGGCCAACAUGGACCCCUCGCCGCCGGCGAGACUCUCUCCGGCUUCUCCGCUAUCUCCCGACGAGCUCGGGGAGAUUGUGGAGCUGCCACGCCUCAGCGCCGCCAGUUUUCUCGACUUCGCCGGGGUUGAGUUCGUCAUCCAAGAGACCCUGCAUCCAUGGCCGUUUUCGUGGGCCGAGACCGCUGAGGAUUCGGCUCUGUUUUCUGAUUCGUUUUGGCCGACCAACAGCUUUGAAUCAAACUCGAAGAAUUAGUGAUUAAUAAGGAGUCCUUCGGGCGGGGAUCGAAGUAGUGCGGGGGAAAUCGCUGGUUCUCUCUCUAUCUCUUUCUGUGUAAAUCUCUCCUUCUCUCUCCUCAACGAACAUUCUUUUCUGAGGUUAGAAAAAAAAAUUAUGGGAGCCUUUGUCAGCAUGAUGUACGUAGUAUGCACACAGAUCUGCAUAUAUGUAGAGGUUAUUUGGGAGAUAUUGAAAGUUUAUGAAUGUGUUAUUGGGGUUAAUACCCCCAAUAACCUGACAAAAUUUCCGAAUAACAGUCAAAAAUAUAAGCGUGGAACCACAGAAUGUAUUGAUAGGUUCCAAUAAUUGAGUUAUUGGAAUAUUAUUUUAUGAAACACGCACGCAGAAGUACGUGCAUAUUCAGUAUGUAAAUAACACUCCUCAUAUUGAGAGUGAAGGUCACAGGCAAUCCUAAUGUAAAUCCGAUAAAUCCAUUUCUUUAUGAAAUUUGAUAAAUCUGAAUUUG